GGUAUAGUAAAUAAGCAAUUGAUGGGGGUUGUGCUGCUGCUGUUGCUGUCAAACUGCUACUUGUGCAGGCUGCUGCUUCUGCUACCACCACUGCAUACAAAGGAGGAGGCGGUGGUUUGGCUUUUGUAGUAAGUUCCAUAGCCCCCCCUCCUUCUUGUUGGAACUUGAAAGAGCCUGCAAAAAAAUUAUGCAAGUGUUUUGAGAAAGAAAAUUGAAGAAAGGGGUUGUUAUGGUCUCUGGUUCUUUUCUGUUUUUCUUAAGAGAUUUAUGACAAAAAAUUGUUUCUUUUUCUGGUCAAAGGUGUAAGAUUGUGUGCAGAUCUUCAAUGGGUAAUCUGUACUUGUUUUAAUCCCCAACUUUUUGGUCUCUGGGUAUUUCAAUUUGGAAAAAAAAUGACUAUAAGAUAGUAGGGAGUGUGAGAACUUUUCUUGUUGGCUUUAUUUCUUCUUCAUCAGCUUCCUGCUUUCAUAUUUAGCUUCCUUUCUGCAGAGGGCACCUUCAAAAUCAAAUCUUUUUUUUUUCUUCUUAUACUUUUAAGUUUUACCUAUUUUCUGGGGUGUUUUUGCAGGGACUUUGUGCUAAGUUCUUGCUAGGAAGAAAGAGGGGGUAGGUGUGGAAAGAGAGAGAGAGAGAAAGGAGAGAGAGAGAGAGAUUAGAAGGGUUUGGAGGGUUGGAGUGGAAUUUUGCUACCAACCCAGCAAGAAAAAUGGAUGCUUAUGAAGCAACAAAGGUGGUUUUUCAGAGGAUUCAAAGUCUUGACCCGGAAAAUGCUUCGAAAAUUAUGGGGCUUUUGCUGAUACAGGAUCAUGGGGAGAAGGAGAUGAUCCGGCUGGCUUUUGGGCCGGAGUCAUUGCUUCAAUCGGUGAUUGUGAAGACGAAGAUUGAGCUUGGGUUGUCUCCAAACUCGCCUUCUACUCCUUCUUCUCCUUCUCCGUUUGGGAAUUCGAUUUCUGUGCCGUUUUCCCGGCAGAACUCCUCUUCCUCCGGCGGCUCCGGGCGGAUACUCGGCGGCGGGGGAAUAAAUCUUCCGUCCCCGCUCAGUAUAAAUACUCAGUCCAAUGCUUCUAAUUCCUGGGCUAAUUCGAGUUUCUCGGAGUUUCAGAGCCCGGAGGGGUUAGUUAGUCCCAGUCCUAGUGCUAAUGGAGUUAGUUCUAUGAACUCCGCCGCGCCGCCGUUUUACGGCGGCGCCGGCGUCGGAGAGGUGGAUUUGAUCGACGAGUUUCAGCUGCAGGACCAGCUUUCGUUUCUGAACGAUGGGUCGCCGACUUUGGGGGCGAAAAACCCGGACAUUUUCUACCCACACCAAGAUUUGGCGUCGAGUCCGAACGGAGAUUCCGGACUGUUCUCUUCUUACUCCGCCGGGUGGGGCGGCGGCGGGUUUCCUCACCGGCGGAGCUGCUCCGUGAGUGAUAUUUGCUUGGGUGGGUCAGAUGACCCUAAUGGUGGGUUUGGGUGGAAGCCCUGUUUGUAUUAUGCUAGAGGGUACUGUAAGAACGGAAAUAGUUGCCGGUUUCUUCACGGCGGCUCCGGCGACGGCGGCGGCGGGGGUGACGCCGGAAUGGUGGGUUCUCCGAGCAAGUUUGAGAUGAUGGAGCAGUGCCAGGAGAUUCUCAGAUCUAAAUCCUCUCAGCAGCAAAGAUUGGCUGCAGCUUCUCAGCUCAUGGCUGCUUCUUCUACCUUUCCUUAUUCCCCAGUUUCUGCCAACAAAUGCAUGAAUUUCCUCCUCCAGCAGCAGCACUUGCAGGCUGAGAGCCCUAGAGCUGCGGCGGCAUUGAUGCUGGGAGACGAGGUGCAUAAGUUUAGCCGAACUCGGUUUGAGAGGGGAGAUUUCGGGAUGAAUCUUGGAGCUAACAAUUCGAGUUCAAGGCAGAUUUACUUGACAUUUCCAGCUGAUAGUACUUUUAAGGAAGAAGAUGUUUCCAACUAUUUUAGCAAUUACGGACCGGUGCAGGAUGUGAGGAUUCCAUACCAGCAGAAGAGGAUGUUUGGGUUCGUGACAUUCGUUUAUCCCGAGACUGUUAAAAUCAUUCUUGCCAAAGGGAAUCCUCAUUUCGUGUGUGAUGCUCGGGUUCUCGUGAAACCGUACAAGGAAAAGGGCAAAGUCCCAGAGAAAUUCAGGAAGCAACAUCAACAACAGGAGAUGGAGAGGGGCGAGUUUCCUGGAUGCGGUAGCCCUUCGGGUUUAGAGUCUCGGGAUCCUUAUGAUCUCCAGCUCGGUGCGAGGAUGCUCUACAACUCUCAGGACAUGUUAUGGAGGAGAAAACUCGAGGAGCAGGUGGAUUUGCAGCAAGCCAUCGAGCUGCAGAGCCGGAGGCUGAUGAAUCUACAACUUCUCGAUGUGAAGAGGAGCAAUCAUCAUCGUGCGUUUUCUACGGGAGCAGUUAUCUCGUCCCCAGUUCACUCCCCGGGAUUCGUUGGUCACAACGUUGUUUUCCCAACUAGUCAAGACAGCAGCAAAGUUCCAGAGAACGGUUUUGCGCCUAAAAUGGUAAAUCAAGCGAGUGUUGGGACUGAAAAGGAGGUGCAGCAAAGCGGGAAUGUCUCUGAAAAGGAGAAAGAACCAUCCAAAGCGAAGGAUGAAAAUGGGAAUGACAAAGAAAACAAGGGAGAAAACGAGUUACCAGAAAGUGUGGAACACAAUCUCCCCGAUAGCCCCUUUGCCUCGCCCGGAGACUCGAUGUCUGCUUUCUUGAACGACGUUGGAGAAGCCGAGAAACCAUCUUCGGGCACCACCAACAACCUCAUUGCCUCGCCCUUGUUCCCCGCCUCGGAUAUGACCCCAUUGAAAUCAUGUUACCUUGAAGUUGCCAGGUUCCCUUCGGGAUCUGGUGCCAUCGGAAUGUAAGCCUAAACCAGCCCGAGACGCAAUUAGGGCUUCCUUAGUUUAGGAAGGAAGAAGAGUAUGUACAAGUAUAACCACAACCACCACCACCACCGCCAUCACCGCUUUGUGACUAAGUAACAGCAUCAUCAACACAUAUAUUACUACCAAUACAAAUGCAUACAUAGUAAAAAAAAAAAAGAAGUGGGACAGCCAUUUUCCCUUGUUUUCUUGUGUUGUAUUUUCUCCAGUCUCUCUCACAUCUCUCUGUAGUUGAGGUUCUUGGUUGGACCACAGGUAGAGAAAGGAUAAAAAAAAAAUAUUAGCCAUAGGUGAAAAAGUAUGAGGUAAAAAAAAAAUACAAGGCAAGGGGUACCAAGAAAAGGUAAAAAAAUCUGAGUCUUUGUUCAUUGUAUUUGGACUGUAAUUUCUCCCCCCUUGCCCCCCACCAAUGUAUAAUCAAGAAGAUUCAAAUGUAGCCAAAAGUGUUAGUUUGUGUACUUUGUUAGGACCAAAAAAUUACCUGUGCAGAAGAAGAUGCAGUGCAGAAGAAGAAGAUUUGAUGAAGAUGAAAGGCAGAUUUUGUAUGCCAAGAAGGGGUUUUAUGUAAUUUUAUGUGCCUGUGGGUAAAAAGGAGGAAAAAAAAGAAAGGUAAUUAGUAUGUUAUUAAAGAUUUAAUCUUUUUUUACUUAGUAGCCUAAAGGGAAGAAGAAAGAAAAGAAAAUGGUAGUUUUUUCUGCCAUCUUUUGUUGUAAUCUUUUUUUCAUGUAUUAUGGUAAAUGAAUGAUGUCAAAACAAGAAAAAGGACUGUAAUAGGGAGAGGCAAAAAGGUAAAUUUCACCAAAA